UCAAACAAACUGCAGUUGUGUGGUUUUGAUGAAUAAAAAUGGAAAAGCUUGAUCUGCCCGACUGGAUGUCCCAGCUGCCUACUGAGCUCCAUUCAGUUCCCCUACGGGACCUCGCCAUACCUGGAAGUCAUCACACCAUGACCUACUGUCUGGAUGGCUCGUCGGAUUUGGAGCCCAAUGCAUCCGAAUUGCUGAAGAUCCUAAAAAAAGUCUUCGGUCAUUUUGUCGAUGACAUUGUCGAGAGAUGGGCCACAACACAGGAACUAAAUAUCAUUCAGCAGCUGGAUGCAGGUGUUCGGUAUUUUGAUUUGAGAAUUGCUUGUAAGCCAAAUGAUGUCACUCACAUCUUGUACUUUGCCCAUGCACUCUACACUACAGUUACUGUGGAGGAAACCUUCAACAAAGUUCAUCAGUGGUUGGCAGGCCACCCAAAGGAGGUUAUCAUUCUCGCCUGCUCAACAUUCGAUGGUGUGGAUGUUAGUGAUCAUCAGAGUUUCAUUGCCCAACUGAUCCAGCUCUUUGGGAAGAAACUCUGCCCUAAAAUGGCGCGCCCCUCUCUUCAGCACUGCUGGGAUCAUGGAUAUCAAGUGAUCCUUUCCUACGCCCAUUCAGCAGCUUCUGGCCACCAGGAGCUGUGGCCAGAGAUUGACUACUGGUGGUCUGACCAAGACAGGACAUCAGCAAGUAAGGUUAUACAAUACUUGGAUGACCGCUUGAAGGGCAAAGGACAAGAUGAUACCCUCUUCAUGUCAGGUCUGAACCUCACUCCAAAUUCAGACUAUGUGGCGGCAAACGUAUUGUCAUCCAUAAAGGAAAUGACUCUUGCUGCUUAUCCAGAGUUACUAGCCUGGGUCAAAAGGCAACACUGUGGUCAAGGCAAAGGAUGCAUCAACAUUAUCGCUGCUGAUUUUGUGGGUGUUAAUCAAUUUGUCCAGCUUGUCAUUGAGAUCAAUCGGAAAAAAUGAUCAAGUCAUUUAAUUCAUUCACUUAAGCAGGAAAGAUAAAAUAAUUUAAAAACCUGAUAAGAGACACUUCUAAAAGGGAAUAGGGGACAGGGAGGGUACUGUUCCGGAGGGUACUGUUCCGUAUACUGGGUCCUGUACCUUUCAUUCCGUAUAUUAAUGACUUGUCAGACAUAUGCCCUGAUGUACAGUAGGUCUCCAGAUGUAUGCUGAUGAUACAGAUGUGCUGUAUGCAUCUGGUACUAUACCUACAAUUUUGUUGUAGACAAACUAAAUACUAAAAACUAAAAACUAAAAACUACUUGGCUUGAAUCAACACUAAACACCUAGUGUUUAAACACUAAAAAACAAUUCUGUUUUUCCAUUAAUAAAUCAGCUGCAACACAACCCUUGAAUGUAAGUGAGCUCAUCAAAGUGUCAGAGGUAAAGUAUGUAUAAUUCUGGAUAUCACCAAAUCAUGGUAAUUCCGCAACAAUCUUGUACUCAUGCCUAGUCCUCUGUGUUUAACCAUUUGCAUUGUAUCUGUCUUUUCUUUCCUUUGUUCUUUUAUACCUCUUUAAAGUAUACUUUAUUGCUAUCUAUCUCUUUUAUUGCGUAGUCAUAAAAGCCCUUCUAGGGACAAGUUUUGUAAAUUGGAAUAGCUAGAAACACCAUGAUAACUUUCAUCAGAGAGUUGUUUUCUGUUUGUCUAUGCAUACUGUAUCAUGGAAUUCCAUUCAUGGGGGGCCAUACAAUAAAUUA